AUGGCCUCAGGUCUUCAUUUCAUUGAGCUCCUCUGUUUGACCAGUGGGCUGUGGAUUGGAGAAAAAGCAAAUGACGUGCAACCAAAGUACCCAGAAAAGUAUAUAACGACUGCGUUUCCCUUUUCCAAGACAUCCUGCUACCUGCUACUGCAACUUCAUCUGAUCAUCACGAUGGUCUCAGAUCUUCAUUUCAUUGGGCUCCUCUGUUUGACCAGUGGGCUGUGGAUUGGCGCAAAUGCGCAAAGUCUUAAAGGUCCUGGCUCUGGGACCUGCCCUUCUGGUUGGACUACUUCUGGCCGUCGCUGUUUCCUGUUCCAGUUGAGUGAAAAGGACUGGGCUGAUGCAGAGUACUUCUGCACUUCUCUUGGUGGAAAUCUGGCCUCUCUUCAAACUCCUGACGAUUACGCCUUCAUCAGAGAUCUGAUUUUAAGAGCGACUAACUCACAAAAAGCAAGUUGGGUUGGAGGCUAUGAUGAAGUGAAGAAUGGUGUGUGGCUCUGGAGUGAUGGUUCAAAGUUUGUCUUCAAUAACUGGGGUAAAGGAGAGCCCAACAACAGUGGUGGAGGGGAAGGUUGUAUGGAGAUGAACUUUAGAGGACAAGAUUAUGUCAACGAUGAAAAGUGUAAUCAGAGGAGAUCUUUCGUUUGCGCCAGGAACCAAUAACAAUUCCUGCCAUGUGCUGACAUGCCGACACAUCUGCCAUGAGGGUGUCACUUCCCCACUGAUGAUGUAAUUUCCACCAGGAUGUCAAGCCUCGAUGACAUCACUGCUGGAAUACUUAUUGAUAAAUCUGAUUUCAUUUCACUUUAAUCAAUAAAUACAUAUGCAUA